CGAGGCGCACCGACACUGUCACGCACAGGACCGACCGGACUGCCUCCUCCGCCCGCCGUGCCCGUGUCCGUGGACCGCAGUCAGCAGGUUUCCCAGGAAAGAUCAGCUUCUUCAAAAAACAGAAGAUUAGAAAAGGAAACCCCGGAGGGACAUUAGGAGCUCUUUGGAUCAUAAAUUCAGAGUAUGCCCACGGCGAAAGCAGGGCAUCCCGAACCCUAAUAAUAUCUAAAGAGACAGACUUUGCAGCAUAAUGUAGUUCCUCCUGAAUCCCAUAUUGGCUGCCUGGGUCUACACUAAAGGUCCAAUGGAGCAGUUUGGGGAGGAUUUGAACCUCUCCUUUUUGCUGGAACAUGAAAGAGAAAUGAUCCUGAAGGUGCUGCAAAAAGACGAGAAGCUGAGGAAACGAGAGGAGAAGAGGAUACGGAAGUUAAAGAAUGAGUUGCUGGAGAUCAAGCAUAAAGGUUCCCGUCGACCUCAGGAGCUUGGGGAGCGUCAGUGCGGUCGAUGUCUGAAGACUCUGGGCCUGAUCUUCGACCGUGGAGAUCUGUGUGAGGACUGUCAGCUGCGCGUCUGCAAUGACUGCCGCAUUACUGCAACAACUGGACGCCAGUGGAGGUGUAAUGUUUGUGCCAAGAUCAUGGAGCUGAAAGUGGUGACAGGCGAGUGGUUCCUGGAGGAGAGGUCGAAGCGCUUUGAGCAGGGAGUACUGAGCAGUGACGUUGUCAAACAGACAAUCAUGAGCAGCCCGACUGGUGAAGAAAAGUCCUCAGAGAACUUAUCAGGCCCUGCAGAAUCAGAGAGACCUGACACGCCGAGAUCCAGUAAAAGUGCAAUACGCAAUGUAAUCGACGGUGCCAAAAGGAAAGGGUUAAAGAUGGAUAAACGAGGCAAUCGGCCAAACUUGAAGCCUGAAAACGGAGUGGACAGCUUCAGUGUCAAGGCUCCCUCAGAUGGAGACGCUCAAAGCGUACGAAGUGUCCGCUCUGCUCCGAGCCCACGUUCAAGGGGUGGCAUUGUAGCCGUGGAGUCUUCAGGGACACCAACAAUACUCAACAACAUGCGAUCCCAGACUCUGGACAGAUCGUCUACUCCCAGCGACAGCCGGAGGGUCAGGCCUGAUGGAGCGGAGAGCGUUGCCAGUUUACACUCCAAUGACAAUGUGUCUGAGCAGAAAGCUGCAAGCCAUCACUGGACGGAUCCCGACGCUCCAGCCAUUUCUGUAUCGAGAGCCUCUGUUUCAUCAGAUCACAGUCGCUCAGAGAUGGACCUGUCAGCUCCAGCCUCUGAACCCAGUGACGACGCUCUCAGCCUCAGAAGCCGUUCAGUCCCCGGGCUCAAUGAAACUGAGUUUUCUGAUGAGGAUGUGGAGGAAGACAUUGAUGCUCUGAUGUCGGCCCACAGCAAGACCACUGGCCGACGCUUCAGCAACGCAGUGUCAUCGUCUUCCACUCCUGCCUCAGAGAGACGAUGGGGGUACCUCAAUGUCCCUGACUCGGAUGCUGAGACUAGUAGUAUCAACAGCAUGAUGAGCAUGUACAGCGAGACUGGUGACUAUGGCAACGCCAGGGUUAGCGGGGAGAUCCUGCUGAACAUCAGCUACAGCUACAAAACCGGUGCUCUCAACGUCGUGGUGAAACAGUGUCACAACCUGGCAACGGGGGAUGAGAGGAGGCAACGCACGGACGCUUAUGUGAAGACGUACCUGCUGCCUGACAUGUCACGGCAGAGCAAGAGGAAGACGACCAUCAAGGCCAACACUAUUAACCCUGUUUUUAAUGAGAAUCUGAGGUAUGUGAUCAGCCACUCGCAGCUGGAGACUCGAACCCUGCAGGUGUCCGUCUGGCAUCAUGAUCGAUUUGGACACAAUAGUUUCCUGGGUGAAGUGGAGCUGACCUUUGACUCCUGGGAGUUUGAUUCCCAAAUAGAGGAGUGGUACGCUCUGCAGCCGAAGGUGGAGAGCAGUAUAGACACUACAAUGCAGUAUAAAGGUGAACUGACUGUGGUGUUAAAGUACAUUCCUGCAGAGAAGAACCUGAUGCUACCACUGGACCAAGUACAAGUGAAGAAAAGUUUCCUGAAAGGCAAGAAGACGAGCAGCUUCACGCUGCCUAAAGGGGGCAUGGUUGAGCUGCUGGUUAAAGGAGCCAAAAACUUAACUGCUGUCAAAUCUGGAGGCACCUCUGAUCCUUUUGUAAAGGGGUACCUGCUUCCUGACAGUAACAAGUCAACUAAACACAAGACAGCAGUGGAGCGACGUACAGUGAACCCACAGUGGAACCACACCUUCACCUACUGUGGUCUGCAGUCAGGAGACCUGAACAACGUCUGUCUGGAACUCACUGUCUGGGACAAAGAGGCCCUGGCCAGCAACGUCUUCCUGGGCGGGGUCCGACUCGGAGCUGGCACAGGCAAAAGUUAUGGGAAUGAAGUAGACUGGAUGGACUCUUAUGGGGAGGAACAGCGGUUGUGGCAACGCAUGAUUGAAAACCCUGAGGUCCCUCAGGAGUGUACGCUGAUGCUGCGAUCCAGUAUGCGCAAGCACAGUACAUGAGCUGGCCUGAAGCACACAGACAGACAGCCAAACAGCAGAAGAAGAAAGGAACAAACAAGAGUUGUAGAUGUGAAGAGAGAGCAGGAGAGGAGUGGAGAAAAAAAACAAACCAGUCCAGGAAUCAAACACCCAUGAAGCAGCAGAGAGACGCUGGGCCUCUGUCAUUUUCCCUGUUCAGAUUCCUCUUUGUGUCCGGAUCAGCCAGUCAUGCCUUACACCCACGUGUGCCCCCUCCGAAGCAUCUCAUCCUGACCAAGCACUACUGUUUAUCAAAAACGUGUUGUAUGUAACUUAUUAUAAGCACACGGUUUGACCACUGAUGUGUUCAUCCAGGUCUCUGUGAUUCAUGUGCCAGAGUCAUCUCUGCAUGUAGUUAAAGCUGACAAAGCAGUUAGAAGAAGCUCCGAUCAAAAAGGGUGAAACUCAAACAUUCCCUUUAAAGGCAACAAAGCUGCAUCCUGGUCAGAAGCACACAAUGAUGCACACAUUUAUACUCAUCCUUUGGUCAAUGACUGUAUUCACAGGUGGAAAUACACAAGCUGUUGUUGCAAAAUACUCAAAGUAGAGGUCCAGUGUGUAACAUUUAGGUUAUUUUAGUAUACAGUAACAUGAAAAUAACUGUUGUGCACAAAAGGAGAUUGUCAUGUUUCUACAUUAGCUCAAAACAGACUUCUUCUUCUUCUUCAGUGUAAAGGUGCAUUACAGAAUCCAAUAAUGUGUCACCUAUUAAACCCCUGACUCCAAGAAGGGCUUUUUUUAUGUCCACCAUAGAGGGGGGUGAUUCAAUUGGAUGCAACUGCACAGGUAUUUGUCACUAAAUAUUACACACUGAACCAUAAUUAUAAUUUGCCCAGAAAAAAAAAUCCUGGGAUGAAAGUAGGAAAAAGCACAAUAAUUGUGAAAGGACCAGUGUGGUAAUCCCAGCCAAUCAUUAAUAAGAAUCUGGUGAUAUGAUACGUGUCAAGAUUCAGUGAUUGCAGUUGAAUAUGUUUUGAUUUUUUUUUUUUUUUUAAAUUCAGGAAAAUGUAAUAUUAAAAAGAAAACACCACUACAUGCAUGAAUCUGAUUAAAAUGAAAGCUUGUACUUUACAUCACAGUUCAGUAAUAAAAUGAAGAUGGUAAUAGUUUAAUAAUAAGGUGGUAAGUAUUAAAGUGCAACUUGCAGGAUUAAUGGAUUAAAGGAGAAUCUAGAAUGUAUUAUCUUUUUCUUAAGUUACAAAUUACAGCUUUUCCCUGAAAAACCUUUUGUCUCAAAAUGUGCCAAAUUUGCUCACAGGAGGUAGUUCUCACUUUCCACUGUGUUUGACAGCAAACAAACAGACAAAAAACCAACUCAGAAUGUCAUAAAUCCACUCUCAUUUACAUUUUUUUGGACUGUACAUCUACAGCACUCUUUUAAUACCUCAGUUAAUCUAUGUUUUUUUAUAUCACUUGUCUCUCUUGGAGUCUGCUGUGAUCUGAGGCCAGUUUUGCCUACAUUUGUCACAGAGGCUACGACUUAAACACAGAGACACUCGCUGCUGUUCAGUUUUAUUUUACUGUUGUUUUUCCAUUGUGGCUCCGUCCUCCGUCUGUGUUCAUUCUCCACCAAACAGUAGCACAGAGUUACACAUUCUCCCUGUUGGUGGGUGGUAAUACCUUUGCCUGUAAUUGGCAAUCCCUCCUACUCCAGUCCCACAUAUUACACAGCACCUCCUACUUGUGCUCUGUAAUAUGUGAUAGAAGUGUAACAACACAUAGUAACAGCAACAGUAGUCAUUUUCCUCAACUGUUUUAUUGGUAAUUUAUUUUUAUCUUUUCUGCUAUGGGUCACUUUGAUGCAGCACGCUCAUGAUGACAAGACUGUGAUCCAUCAUCACUGUGUGAAUUUAUAUUUUCAACCUCACUGUGGUGAAAAUUCACAUUGUUACCGAUAUAUUUCUUCUGCUACAUCAUAAAACUUUCUGUUUUUGAUGCAAACUGAAAAGUUCAACAGAAAUACUUCCACAUGUAUUUAUGUCCACACAUAUAUGUUGUAAAACCCAAUUACUAGAAUAUUUUGCUGCAAGUUGGACUUUAAUAAAUACCAUGUAAUUCUAAGUUAUGAUAAGACACUGGUUGUAUAGGUGUUAUUGGUGCCACCAAAAAGUUUAGUCUGGUGGCCGAAGAUAGUUGUCAGGGACAUAAACACAAAACAAACUAAUGUUGGCAGCCAAUACUUAUAAACUAUUACUGAAAAUGUACACAUUGUGAGAAUUAAAACAGUAUCACGAAACAUAAUAUUGCUAGCAUAGCAUGUCAAUAUUUUAUUCCAGUCCCCUUAAUGUUCUCCACAAUGUUGAGCAUCUUUCUAUUUGCUUUACAUAUCUUACUUUAACCUACUUGCUAAAAUACAGUGCUCUACAGUAUAGUUACUCUGUAGCGUCAAACAUUCAUGACUGUGUACUUCCAGCUGUCUGAAAAAAAGUGUUUAGAAGAUUAGAGAACUUCAACUGUAGUGUAAAUUAGCAUAACACUGUAUCAGUGUGAACAUAAAACUGCAUGAUGUUAGAGAAAACAGACCAAGUAGAACAAAUAACAACGGCAGAGCACUGAAAAUGGAGCAGAAAGUGUGAUUUUAUUUGCGUUUGGGGACCCUGAGAAGGGGGAUGUGUGUUAUAGAGUGAGUCAGCGCUGAGGCGGGCUGCCUUCGUCUCAGGAGGAGCCUAAUAAUGAGUCAGUGACAGUCACCUUGUCCUGUCGCCCAGGGCUUUGCGAUCCACCAUCCUGUGAUGAAUGAAUCACACAGUUCACAAAAACGAUUCUCCAGUUAAACCCCAUAGAAACGUUUUUCAUGUGGAAUGCCAAUUUUGUCCGCUUGUCCUUGGCAAACCAUCAGCUCUGAAGUCCCAGAGAAAAGCAGUCUCACAAUGCACAAUAAUAGUAAUAAUGCAUAGAGUUCAAUAUACAGCAUCCUGUAGAUGAGAGGCUCGUGCAAUACCUGAUUACUGAAGAAAUUCUACAUGUACAAACAGCAUGUACUAUCUCUGUUGUGUCCAGUUUUCAAGCUUCAAACUGACUGUACUUAAGCCUAUUUUGUCCCAAAUGUGUUACAGGAGUAUUUUGAAAUAAACACAUCUUUCCAUA